UAUGUCUUUGAUUCUUUAAAUGCUCUGCUUGAGAUAGGAAGAGAACUCAUAACAGAACACAGUAAAGUCAGGGCACCCAUCUCGUUGCUACUACUUGAAAGACUUCCAUGAGAUAUUGAUGUGCAUCUUUGCCUGACAGUGGAAGAUAAUAUACGUGACAGAUGAAUUGAUGGACCGCAGCAGUAGGGUGAUGUGAAACAGGAACGGCUUGGAAACCACAAGGACCACUGUAUACACUGGUGGAUUUGUACCAUAGCUUAGGACAAUGUGACAGCAAGAUAAGACUUGUCAACAAUAGAUGAUCCCAUAGCAGCUGUAUAUACAGAAAGGAACAAAAAAAGCUUAUUCAGGAUAUAAAAAAACUACAUUUGUGGAUAGGAAAAAUAAUAUACCGAGCCACAUAACAAUUCUGUGUACUUGUAUAUAUAACCUGGAUUCUCCUCUUGAGUAAAAAAAAAUGGGAAAUACUCAAUCAUGAGGUGAUCCUUCAAAAAAAGAACUUACCUUCAUACCACUGAUACCAGGAAGAUUGUUGGGUAAUAAUCUGUGCAACAGAAAUAUAGUAAACAUACCCCGGGUGUAAUGUUAGGCAUGCAGACCAGGAAGGUGGAGUAAAAUUCCCAGGGAUUCACUUUACAGCGCUGAUAGCUAUAGAGUUUAUUUCACACAGUGGAAAAGGGACAGAGGCAAUGGAAAUGUUGUACAACAUCUACUACCAUUGCUGGUGGCAUAUACUUGUAGUUCUAUGUAUAAUACUUACAUUGUGGGAAUCGGGAUCAUCCCAGUAUACUCUUAUAAAACCAGACAACACAGUAGUAUUCAAAAGUGAAAAUUACAACAGUAAUUGUAGUUAUAAGGGAUACUACCGCUACUUGGAGAUAUUAAAUGCUUCUGGAUCUCCUGCUCUAUUUGUUGGUGCCAGGGAUUAUGUAUUCAAACUGAACCUAGAAAAUAUAAGUGACAGUGCAUCAUCAAAUUCUAUACACCCAGAAAAUUAUGAAACUUGCGACACAAACAAUCAACAGGGAAGCACAAGCAGCAAGUGUUUCCAAUGUGGAAAUCAUGUGAGAGUGAUUGUCUGGCAGAAAGAUGACAGCGAGUUCUAUAUUUGUGGAACAGGAGCCAAGAAGCCACAGGAUUUCAUUCUAUUUGCUAACCUGACUGUAAGAAAAAAUGGAACUUCCAGCAGUGGAGUGGCCAAAUGUCCAUUUGAUCCUGAUGAUAAUGCUACAGCAGUCUGGGUUGAGAAAGGCAACCCUGGCAAUGUAUCAGUCUUGUAUUCUGGUACAGUGGCAGAUGCUGUAAAGUCCGACCCUGUAAUCUACAGACCUGAAAUACGCAAAGAUGGAAAUAUUGAGAGCAAACUAGUGAGAACUGUGCGCUAUGAUUCCAAGUGGCUUAAUGAACCACAUUUUGUUGCCUCUUUUGACAUCAGUACAGAUGAUGAGGAGUACGUGUAUUUCUUUUUCCGAGAGACAGCGGCAGAGUUUGUGAACUGUGGGAAGGCAGUGUAUGCCAGAGUGGCCCGAGUAUGCAAGGAUGACAAAGGAGGGCGCAAUGCAUUAAAAGACAACUGGACCACCUAUCUCAAGGCAAGACUCAACUGCUCACUGCCUGGAGAGUUUCCAUUUUAUUUUAAUGAGCUGCAGGAUGUUGUUAGAGUGAACAAUGCAUUUUAUGCUACUUUUACAACAAAUCUCAAUGGGUUUUAUGGUUCAGCAGUGUGCACUUUUGACUUGUCAACCAUAGAAGAUGUAUUCAACAAUGGCAAGUUCAAGGAACAAAAGGAUGCCACAUCCAACUGGCUUCCAGUUCAAGAAAGUAAUGUGCCACAGCCAAGACCAGGAAAGUGCUCUAACAACUCGCUGGGCCUGGAUGAUACCAUCAUCAACUUCAUCUAUUCCCGCCCCCUUAUGGACCAAGCUAUUCCAAUGAGAGAGGGGAGACCAUUGUACUACAGAAGUGGAGUCAUCUUCAGAAAAAUUGCUGUAGAAAACAGUUUGGUGGCUGGACAAAGGGUGCUGUAUCUGGGCACAAAUAAUGCUAAAAUCUACAAAUUAGCCAGCACAGAGUCUUGUAGUCAGGUCAAUGAGGAGUGCACCAGCCUUAGCUCAGUUAUAGAGCCUUUACAAGAUGAUACCAUUUUAUGGAGCAUGAAAUAUUUUAAGCAUUCCAGUGGUAUGUCCAUGCUAUACCUGGGCACAGAUGACCAGGUGACCCAGGUGCCAGUUGAUGACCAGUGCAACCACUACAAGACCUGUGGUAGCUGUACACAUGACCCUCACUGUAACUGGGACGUCAGUAGUAAAAGCUGCACUGCUGACACAUCUAGCUCAAAGGCCACGUGCAGUGCCAUCAUACAUACAGAAACAGAGUCUGGAGCCGCUGUAGUUUUACAAGGAUCCACUAAUUAUAAAAAUUGGACACAUAAUGGCACAUUAAUGGAGUGUCAGCCAGUCAAUAAAACCUGUGUCAUGACGGCCACAGGUGAUCUGGUACUGUUGAAGCCUCGCAGUCCAAAGUCUGAGGGCGAAUACACAUGUAACCUAUAUGGAGGGGACAAGAUUACAUAUAACCUCACAGUGCUGAGUCCCCAAGAUGCAGCUCUAAAAAGAUACGAAGAAUGGUGUGAUAAGUUUGAUGAAUACAAGAACCUUGUGGAAGAAUAUAAGGAAAAGGCAUGCAAUGCAGGCUGUUUACAAAAUUUCACAUGUAGCUAGCCUACAUCCUGGCAGAUGGGAGAGCAAAUACAAGUACAGGGUCUGCCAUGCGUGUGUUUGGAUGCUGAGGCACAAGAAAGUAUGCUGUGUUGCAGCCUUCAGAUUGAAGCACACAAUGGAAGGAAUAACCCACCUGAGUUUAAUGAUUUAGUUCAAAAGCAAAUUCCAAUUCUGAAUAAGCAUUAUCAGAAGUUGAAAUGACAGGCAAAAUGCUCCUGACAUUUUGAUUUUGGAAACCAUCGAUUUGUGAGAUUGAUCGUAGACAUCAUUUAGAUGUUGUGCUGUGGAUCUCCAGAAGAGACGGUAAAUUACUGACGGCAAGAAAGAUGGUUUCGUCUAGACAGAUUGAGAGAUUCAGACGGGCAGACAGUAUCUCUUCAGUUGCCAAUCAAUACGAUGGCAAACCAUUUUCAGCCUUGUUUUUCUCUUAUGUUCUUAUCUGUGAUACUUGACAGCUGAGUCGGCUGAAUGAAGACAUGGAACAAAACAAUAAAAGGAAAAAAAACUUGAUGAACAUGAGUAAUGCAGCUGAGCUGCAGCAGAAUUUUCUUUCCCCAUUUUAUCAUAGUGGAUGUCUAGAUGCAGUGCACCUCAAGCAGUGGAAUCACUGGCAGGGCUUGGUAACCUUAAUCUAGCACCACACUUUACUAUGGAUUUGUUUGAGCCACAGCUUCCCAUCCUCUCUAUACCAGCAGAAGUAUUGCUGGAGCCAAUAUGUUCAUAAUAGACAAGGAGGUCCCUUGCACCAGUAGACAUUUUAGAAUAGGACAGACAGUAGUCUCUUUUUUUAUUGUAUUUAGAAAUCUGGCAGAAUUUUAUUGAAUGCAAAGUAUGCAUAUAUCAGUAAUUAUUUUAGUUGCAUUUUCAUUGUGCAGUAAUUCCAUGUUUGACUGAAUUUAUAUUGUUAAUGUCUCAUAAUCUUUCAAAAAAAAAAUGCUGUCCUAUUAGAAUUAAUUAGAACAACUUACAUGUUUAAUAAUGUAAAUUUACAAUCUUGAUAGUAUGCAAACUUAGAUGAUAUUAUUCUAGACACAAAACUUACUUCAAUCAAAAACAGGAUUAUCUAAAAUACACAUUUCCACCAUGACAUUGCUUUCACCUGCUGUAUACAUGACAUAAGAAAUUCUUGAUUUUAUUUACAAAAAGGAGCUGUCCUCUUUUUAUAUAAGUGUGUAUAAUUUACAUAAAAAUGAGAUGUCUAAUUUGGUUUAAAAUUACAGGUAAUUGACUGAAUUUACAUCCUAUCUGUAAUUAUAUUUGAUUUGUCAUUCUGCAAUAUUGUAGGUUACGUAGCAAAAGAGGGACCAAACUUGCACUUACCACACCACGCCAUGGCACUGGCAGUAAAACAGUAUUAAUGUGGGGCAGGUUACAUGAUAGGAAGAAAAUAUUAGUAAUAGGUUUUAUAAGCAUCUGUUACAAAUUCAUAGCACUAAUGGAAGUAGUCCCUGUAGAUAGUGUAUUAAUUGUUUAUAUUCGGUAAUUGCAUUUGUACAUGAUCAGGUUAAUUUUGUUAAUUCAUUUGCGUAAUUUAUUAACAGUAUAUGUAUAUAUAUAUAUAUAAAAUAAAUUCUUUUUUAAUGUUCAGUUAUUUCUCUUUUUUGACCUUUUCUCAUCCUAUGUGGAAAUAAAACUAAGCACUAGUGACAUAUUGUUUUCAAAAUAGUAAUUAUAAAUAUGUACAGUAGAGAUGUAAGUUAUGCAAAAAUAGUAAUUAUAAAAAUAUACCUAAAACUGCCCUAUCACAACAUAUUCUUCACAGCUACCAUCCAAGAUAGCUUGUUUGGCAUCAUGCUGAGUAUAUGUAUAUAACACAUCUUAUGAACUAAAAAUGCAUUUUGAUGAUAUGCAAGAUUCAAAAUAUAAUUCUGCAAAAUAAAAUAUUCAAAUGUUUCCCAGCAGCAACUUCAAUUCUAGGAAAUGAAAGUGUGUUUCCAUAAGUGAACGCAGCAAACCA